UUGUGUUUGUGUAUUGAAAUUGUGGGCCACCAUAAUAAACAGAUAAGAUAAAGAAGAUCAGGCUUUUUAACAUGCGGUUAAAAAGAUUCCUUUUGCGUUAUUAUCCUCCCGGCAUAAUUUUGGAAUAUGAACAGUCCAAAAUUCUGAAGACAAAAUCAAUUGAUUUACUCACACUAAAACCAAGUUCAAAUGUUGAAGCAUUGUUGGAUGAAAUUGUUGCUAAAGAACCAUUAAUUACACCAUCUAAAGUGGAACAAGUUCGAAACCUUAUUAUACGUCUUCAAGAAAAACAAGCUGACAAUACAAAUCAUCAUCAUUUCUAUUUGUUUAAGGUUUUGAGAGCACACAUCUUACCUCUAACUAAUGUGGCAUUUAACAAAUCUGGUUCAAAUUUUAUAACAGGGAGUUAUGACAGAACUUGCAAAGUUUGGGAUACAUUGUCAGGCGAAGAACUUUUUACACUUGAAGGACAUAGAAAUGUUGUUUAUGCUAUUGCAUAUAACAAUCCUUUUGGAGACAAAAUUGCAACAGGAUCUUUUGAUAAAACUUGUAAACUAUGGAGUGCAGAAACAGGAAAAUGUUUCCAUACAUAUCGUGGACACACUGCUGAAAUAGUCUGUUUGCAGUUCAAUCCACAGUCUACUUUAAUUGUGACGGGAAGUAUGGAUACAACAGCAAGAUUGUGGGACAUACAGAAUGGAACAGAAAUCUCAACAUUAACGGGUCAUACAGCUGAGAUAAUAUCAUGCUGUUUUAAUGAAACUGGGGAAUUUCUUCUUACUGGUUCCUUUGAUCACACUGUCAAUAUGUGGAAUGUCAAGACUGGACGAAGAAUCCACACUCUUAUUGGUCAUCGAGGGGAAAUAUCAACUGCUCAGUUUAAUUUUGAUUCCUCUUUGAUUGUUACUGGUUCGAUGGAUAAAACGUGCAAAAUAUGGGACACAUCUAGCGCAAAAUGUAUCGGAACCUUAAGAGGUCACGAUGAUGAAGUACUUGAUGUAGCCUUUGAUUAUACAGGAGAGCGAAUUGUUACAGCGUCUUCAGAUGGAACAGCAAGAGUUUACAAUGCAGUAACACAACACUGUAUAAGUAAGUUAGAGGGUCACGAGGGAGAAAUAUCUAAGGCGUGUUUUAAUCCUCAAGGAACUCGUGUAUUAACAGCUAGUAGCGAUAAAACUGCACGCCUGUGGGAUCCUGUAACUGGAGAAUGCAAAGAAGUUCUCGAGGGACAUACAGAUGAAAUAUUUAGUUGUUCAUUUAAUUAUGAUGGCAACAUAGUUAUAACUGGAAGCAAAGAUAAUACUUGUCGAUUAUGGAGAUAACAAAUGAAAUGUUUUUGAAUUUCAAUGCUUCUCUUGUCACCAGUCCCUUUGCUCUUACAAGGGUGCACUUUGUGUCAAUCAUUUGCUCUUUUUUCAAAAGGAAACUCUCUUCAAGAGAAACGAGAAAAAUGGUCGUUUUUUGUAUUCUGGUUCUGCCGAAUAAAAGACGUUUAUAUGAGUAUUACCGUAGAUUUUGAAGUCAAGAGCGCAACUUUUCUGAUAAUAUAGCAAAAGUAAUUUAUAGAAAAAAAUGAGAGAACAAACAAGUAUUACUCUUAAUUUGAUUUGUAUUUACUGCUAAAUAUUUUUGCAGGAAUAAUGUUCGUUUGUUUUUGUAAGCAACUGCAUCGAAUAGAAUUAAUUUCACAAA